GCUUAAAGACUUACGUCACUUCUAACGGAACGCGUUCGGCCUUAAUUCUUCCCGGAAUAUUUCUUGCAGAAAACCUCGUUGACGUUCUCAUUCUUUUAUUUCUUCCCUUCACUCAGCUCAUUUCCUCUCAGCGAAACUAUUGGCGACUAACGAUGACUCUCCAAAUGCUUGACGGUGGACCAUAACUGGAUUGUUUUGUGCUGUAGGAUGAGAGCAGAGAAACGCCACCUGACUUCUGUCAGGAAUCCUUCAGCUUUCGCUUGUGUCCGCCACAGACAGAUGGAGUAGUGGGGUCAGGUUGAUAAACGCCGGAGAUUUCAAGCGAAACCUGACGGUUGCAGAUUGUAAGCGGACUUAACACAAGCUGGACGGGCUCAGUGCAGCGUGGGUGCCGAGGGAUCCACUGCCUGAGUGUGGGGACAGCAGCGCCCGAAACCCCACAGACAUGAACCACACCAAGGGGGGCCUUGUCAUCUUCACCGCCAACUCUCACCCCUCCAGUCGCGAGCUGGGGAAGAGGAUCGCAGAGAGGUUGGGGGUGGAGCUGGGCAAGGUGCAGGUCUACCAGGAGGCCAACAGAGAAACGCGGGUGCAGAUCCAGGAGUCGGUGCGAGGCAAAGAUGUUUUUGUCAUCCAGACCGUUUCGAAGGACGUGAACACGACCAUCAUGGAGAUGCUGAUCAUGGUCUACGCCUGCAGAACGUCCUGCGCCAAGAGCAUCACAGGCGUGCUGCCAUACUUCCCCUACAGCAAGCAGUGCAAGAUGAGGAAGAGGGGCUCCAUCGUCUCCAAGCUCAUCGCCUCCAUGAUGUGUAAAGCUGGUCUCACCCACCUGAUCACUAUGGACCUGCACCAGAAGGAAAUCCAGGGCUUCUUUAACAUCCCGGUGGACAACCUGCGAGCCUCGCCCUUCCUGCUGCAGUACAUCCAGGAAGAGAUCCCCGACUACAGGAAUGCCGUGAUCGUGGCCAAGUCCCCAGCUUCUGCCAAGAGGGCUCAGUCGUUUGCUGAGCGGCUGCGUCUGGGGAUCGCCGUGAUCCACGGGGAAGCUCAGGAUGCCGAGUCAGAUCAAGUGGACGGCCGACACUCGCCUCCCACCGUCAAGACCACCGGCGCCAUCCACCCCAGCAUGGAGAUCCCGUGUAAGAACAUGUUCAGAAGGCUGUGUGAGGACGUCGUGCUGAGGGUGUCUUGUUUGUUUCCAGUGCUGAUCCCCAAAGAGAAGCCCCCCAUCACUGUGGUGGGAGAUGUCGGGGGACGCAUCGCCAUCAUCGUGGAUGACAUCAUCGAUGACGUGGACAGCUUUGUGGCCGCAGCCGAGACACUGAAGGAGCGAGGAGCCUAUAAGAUCUUCGUCAUGGCAACUCACGGCAUCCUGUCGUCUGAAGCGCCGCGGUUCAUCGAGGAGUCCGCCAUUGAUGAGGUGGUGGUGACCAACACGAUCCCUCACGAGCUGCAGAAGCUGCAGUGUCCCAAAAUCAAGACGGUGGACAUCAGCAUGAUCCUGUCAGAGGCCAUCCGCCGCAUCCACAACGGCGAGUCCAUGUCCUACCUGUUCCGCAACAUCGGCGUGGACGACUAACGCCCACCUUCUUUCUCCUUUGGGUUCCAGAAAGACAGAAGUGGCACCUCUUAGUUUUCGAAGCUCAUUUCUCUUGUGUAGUCGUCCGUCUGGUCACAGUUAGCGGUGAAUGUCUCUCAACUCCAGAUUGUAGUUGCAGUGUGCCAGUGCCUUCUCCAGGACCAACAGGCCUUUCACUCAU